AUGAGGCUAGAGGCCGCCGCCAGGAUGGAUCUGUUCAGGAAGCUGUGGCGGGCGAGGAAGCUGAUCCUGGUGGUGCUCAUCCCGCUGUCCCUGCUCCCGCUGCCGCUCAUCCACCCCACCAGCGAGGCCUGCUGCGCGUACGUGCUGAUGGUGACGGCGGUCUACUGGGUGUCCGAGGCCGUUCCCUUGGGCGCUGCCGCCCUGGUCCCAGCCUUCCUCUACCCGCUGUUCGGGGUCCUGAAGUCCAGCGAGGUGGCAGCUGAGUACUGUAAAGACACCACCCUGCUGCUGAUGGGAGUCAUCUGCCUGGCAGCCUCCAUCGAGAAGUGGAACCUGCACAAACGCAUCGCUCUGCGCAUGGUGAUGGUCGCGGGGGCCAAGCCUGGCAUGUUGGUGCUGGGCUUCAUGUGCUGCACAGUGUUUCUGUCCAUGUGGCUCAGCAACACGUCCACCACAGCCAUGGUGAUGCCCAUAGCUGAGGCCGUCCUGCAGCAGCUCAUCUGCACCGGUCUGGCCGACAGCCACGAGGACUCCGAAACCGCCGACGCCCCCGAGGAUGACGCUGUUUCAGACAAACAACAGAACCUGAAUAAGAACCAGUUGGAGCUGCUCUACCGCAACGACAGCAGUGACUGCACCAAACGGGAGCUUUCUACACUAACAGAGGUACAGACUGUGGAGGUAAAUGGUUUGGGUCUGCCAGUCUCCAACCAGGACUUCAUCCAACACACCAAUGGACACCUGCCCCAGGUUGCGAUCGAUAUCCCAAACGUGAAGCGGGUGAAGACCAGGAGAGACUCCCAGUAUCCCACCAAGAGGGAUCACAUGAUCUGUAAAUGCCUGUCGCUCAGCAUCACCUACGCCGCGACCAUCGGAGGACUCAUCACCAUCACCGGCACAUCCAGCAACCUCAUCUUUGCCGAGCAGUUUAACAACCGUUAUCCAGAUGCAAAGUCGAUCAACUUUGGAACAUGGUUCAUCUUCAGCUUCCCCAUCGCCAUCAUCAUGCUGGUCCUCACCUGGCUGUGGUUGCACUUCCUCUUCCUUGGCUGCAACUUCAGAGAAACAUGCUCGCUGAGUAAGAAACGCAAAACCAGGAGAGAGAUGCUGUCGGAGAAGAGGAUCCACGAGGAGUACGCGAAACUUGGACCCAUCAGCUACCCAGAGGUGGUGACCGGUGUUUUCUUCAUCCUGAUGACUCUGCUGUGGUUCACCAGAGAACCAGGUUUCGUGCCUGGCUGGACGUCUCUCUUUGAGAAGAAAGGCUACAGGACCGAUGCCACAGUGUCUGUCCUUCUUGGCUUCCUGCUCUUCCUCAUCCCUGCCAGGCGACCCUUCUCCUCUUCCUCUUCCUCCUCCUCCUGCUGUAGAAACGCAGGUCAGCACCAUUCACUCCCUCUGGCUCCCAUGAUCACCUGGAAGGACUUUCAGAGACUGAUGCCGUGGGAGAUCGUCAUCCUGGUGGGAGGAGGCUAUGCACUGGCCGCUGGUUGUAAGGUGUCGGGCCUGUCGGUGUGGAUCGGCAGACAGCUGGAGCCCAUGAGUGGCCUUCCUCCCUGGGCCGUCACCCUGCUGGCCUGCCUGCUGGUGUCGGCGGUCACUGAGUUUGCCUCCAACCCGGCAACUCUCACCGUCUUCCUGCCCAUCCUGUCCGCGCUGUCGGAGACUCUGCGCAUCAACCCGCUGCACACUUUGAUCCCGUCCACCAUGUGCGUGUCAUUCGGGGUCAUGCUUCCAGUCGGGAACCCCCCCAACGCCAUCGUCUUCAGUUACGGCCACGUGAAGAUCAGUGACAUGGUGAAAGCAGGCUUCGGGGUGAACCUGAUCGGCGUGGCGGUGGUAAUGUUGGCCAUAUCCACGUGGGGUGCUCCCCUCUUUAACCUGAACGAGUUCCCAGCCUGGGCAGAGGCCAGGAACGUCACCGGGAUCUUAUAACCACCGCUGUGAUGAUGGGGCCCACGUGGGAGGAAGAGGGGGAUGAAUCAGUGAGAGAGAGAAAGAGAGGAAGAGAUGGAGCAAAUGUUUCUGUGUGGAUUUGACAAGCGAAUGGCACACGUUGUGCCGAGAGGAUGGUCUCACUCAGCGUUUAGCCUUUCUUGGUUAGAGGGCGCAUGGAUGGAGGGUAGGAGGAGAGGAAAAGGAGAGAGAGAAAAACACUAUGCUAUUGUUAGAUUUAAACAUUAGAAAUAAAUAUAUAUCCAUGAGCUGGUUUCAAAAGGAAUGCAGGACGUGAAACUGGCCACUAGGUGGAGCUCUGACCUCCAGGGCAAAACCUUUCUUUACCCUCCAUUAAUCUAUGAGGGCAAUCCUGCUCUCACCGAAUCACUGAGGAGAUCCUUAAAAACUACAGAGCUGAUCAAGAAGUGUUAUUUGUAGCUGAUUUAUUGAUUCAUGUUAGGAAAAUUAUGAGUGAUAUUUCUAGAUGCCUGGAAAGUGUUUUAGAGCCACUUCAUGCCUUCCUCUGUGGAGUCGUUUUGGUAGAAAUAAGCCAAAUGGCCACGGACAUGCUUCUUUUCGUGUUUUCCCUGAGAUUACAGUGUUAAAGAAGAGCUGAGUGCUGUGCUGAAAGAAGAUAAAUGCAUGAAAAGGGGCUUUUAAUGUGGCUGCUAUUAUGCUGUCCCCAGUGUCUUUUCAUUAGAGUCUAUAUGAUUUGUAUCUAUAGAGAAAAAAACGUGUGUAUAUUCAGCUACAAACUGAAAGCACAUACAGUCCAUAGAUGUCUGUAGGUGCUAUCUCCAUCUUCAUUUGGAAAUCUGUCUCCUAAUAUCAGACCGGUGUCUUUACCAUAGCAGAUUUUUCUUCCCUGUCACACUUUGAACAUACACAUGCUGGACAGCUUGUGCCGUUACCCUAUGCCUGUAAUACGAUUGCAACACGAAUGUCUCCUGUGGGAAUUCAACCUCUCACUGGUUUAGUGCCUUGCUGCAAACGCGGAGCAGCGCAAGAACCAAGGAAUGGUUCACUACCAUCCUCCUUAAAACUUGGAAAGCAAUACAUGCUUUUUAUUCCUGAACAAUAUUGCCUUCUGGGCGUUCAUGAAAUCUGAGAAAAUGCUACUCACUGAUCCCGAGUUAUGCCCAUGUAAUGAUCCUUAUCAAUGAAAAUUUAAAUUUUUGCAUUUGCUAGUAGCAGAAAACCCUUUGACUCAUAUUUUAUCAAGCUUCAAUAGCUUGAGUAAUUGUCAUAAAAACAUUUUAUUUUUAUGAAAUGCAUGUCUUUGCAAGUUCUGAGUUGUAUUGAAUGCAGCGUCCAAAGUAUUCCCAGCGAGUGAGCGCAGGGUUGUGUGGUGCAGACGUUUCUCCAAUCAGCCAUUUAAUCACACUGUGGUUUAUCAAUGAAAAGGUUUGCGCAUAACAUUUGCUGUGUUUAGCAAAAACAAUGUCAAAGAAAUGCUUGAUACUGUAUUUUUACACAAAUUUGAAAUGUAAUUUGUGGCUUUUUUUUUACAUCACUACAUUAUAACUGUAGGAGGAAUCAGAAGCGUACAUUUGUCUUUUGUAAUUUAUUCAGUUCUGCUGAAGGUUUCGUACAUCUCCGCGGCGUUGCAGCGAUGACCUUUGACCCAGCGCCCACACUUCUUUGUAAAUACAUCCAGAUUUGUAAUAUAAAGAUAAUGUGCCUCUGACUGUUUCUAAAUGAGAUGUUAUAUUCCUAAAUUAUGUAUUAAACCUCGAUGUCUCAUUUGUAUCCAUCUCAGAGACUCUAUUUAGGACGAUACAACAUUACGCAUGUACAACAACAAUAAAGCAAAAAUCACAUC